UUGAAGAGAGACAAUCGGUAAUGACUCGGUUGAGAGGAGUACGUGGAUCCCUCAAGUGUGAGCAGUACUGUAGUGGCAUCAGGGACAUCGUCAAUAGAGGAGGAGACAUGUUUAGAGCGGUCAAAACCAAGUUGACCCCGUGGAAUCGUUUGACGACCCGGAGGAGCAUUCAUGCCGGCGAACAGACCCCCAACAAGGCCCCCACACUUCCUGAAUUUGCCGAUGUUGUCAUUAUCGGUGGAGGCAGUGCAGGGUGCAAUGCUCUCUACCAUUUGGCAAAACGGGGCUCCAAUGCUAUUUUACUUGAGAGAUCGAAAUUAACCUCGGGGACGACGUGGCACACCGCUGGCAUGUACUGGAGGCUCAGGCCCAGUGACGUAGAUAUUCAGCUGCUGAGCUCCACCAGGGAGACCCUCGUCAAUAUAGAGGAGGAAACCGGAUUGAAUCCUGGUUACAUACAGAAUGGAGGAAUAUUCAUAGCCCAUAAUGGGACUCGAAUGGAUGAAUACAAAAGGCUCGUAACAGCUGGUAAGUACCUCGGAGUGGAGGCCCACAUAUUAUCCUCCAACGAAACCAAAGAAUUGUUCCCCCUGUUGGAUGAUAAAGUUAUCGUUGGAUCGAUCUACUGCCCCCAGGACGGAUCGAUGGAUCCCGCUAUGCUCACUGCGGCCUUGACCAAGGCUGCCAAGAACCAUGGCGCCAGGAUUAUUGAGGAUUGCCCUGUAAGUAGAAUAAUCACAGAAGAGAAGGAGUACGGCUGGAGGAAAGUAACUGGAGUGGUGACUCCAUUCGGAUUAAUUCGCACAAAGUGCGUGUUGAAUGCGGCAGGUGCCUGGUCAAAAAAUGUCGCUAAAAUGGCAGGGGUGGAUAUACCCCUGAUCGCUAUGAAGCACGCUUACGUCGUGACGGAAAGGAUCGAGGGGGUCCAGGGCCUCCCCAACAUCCGGGACCACGAUGGAAGUAUUUAUGUGAAGGUCCAGGGCUCUGCCCUGGCUGUCGGUGGCUACGAGCCCAACCCCAUAAUCCUCAAGUCCCUAGCCAAGGACUUCUCCUUCAGUCUUUAUGAACUCGACUGGACAGUCUUCAAUACCCACAUCAACUCGAUGAUAGAGUUGAUUCCCUCCCUCAAAACCACUGGAAUUCAAUCAAAUGUCUGCGGCCCGGAGAGUUUCACUCCAGAUCACAAGCCCAUUAUGGGAGAGGACCCGAAGUGCGCUGGGUUAUUUUAUUCGUGCGGAUACAACAGCGCCGGGAUGAUGUAUGGGGGUGGUUGUGGCGAGCAAAUUGCCUCCUGGAUCAUCGAUGGCAGACCUGAGAGGCACAUGUACAGCUACGACAUCCGUAGGUUCACCCCAGAGCAGAGAAGGGACCAGGUCUGGGCGAAUGAGAGAUCACACGAGUCUUAUGCCAAGAAUUAUAAUAUGGUAUUUCCACACGACGCACCACUCAGUGGACGCCAGUUCAAGAAGGAUUUAUUUCAUGAUGUGCUAGUAAAAAAUGGAGCUGUGAUGGAGGAAGCCCUGGGAUGGGAGCGUCCCGCCUACUAUCAACCAGGAAAAAUCAUCAAUAUGGAGCCCUACGACUAUAUGGGAAGUUACGGUUCCUCCAAGAACAGAAGAAAUGAUUACGCCGAAAUUCUCAAAAGAGAGUACACCUUCGGCUUCCCUGAGCAUCACAACUUGAUCGGCUCGGAGGCUCUUGCCUGUCGGAAUAAAGCAGCUCUUUUCGAUCUCUCCUAUUUUGGAAAAUUCUAUCUCUGUGGGGCACAGGCUCAGGAAACUGCCGACUUCCUCUUCACCGCUAAUGUCAAUCGAGAAACCAACAGAACUAUUUACACUUGCUCUUUGAAUAAGUAUGGGGGAGUCGAGGCUGACUGCACCGUCACCUCCAUCGAGGCGGGUUCUGGAGGAGUUGCCGAUCCCAUUUUCCAAAGGAAGGCCUUUUAUAUAGUCGCUGGUGGAAGUUCAUCGUAUCACACUUACUCCCAUAUAAACCGAAUAAUCAAGAAACGAGGAUUUGAGGCAACAAUUCACAAUGCCACGGAGACGAUGGGAAUUCUCUCCCUGCAAGGGCCCAACAGUCGUUACAUUCUAGAGGAAAUAUCGAAUAAAGACCUAUCAGACAAACUCUUCCCUUUCUCAACUUGUCAAAUUCUCGAUAUCAAGGGCCACCUAGUGCGUGCCUUUCGGUUGAGCUUCGUUGGAGAGCUGGGGUACGAGUUGCACAUCCCUAGUCAAUCGUGCGAGAGAGUAUUCAGAGCUCUCGUAGAGGCGGGAAAAAUUUACGGUAUGAAAUUAGCUGGAUUCAGGGCUAUGUACAGCCUAAGCUGCGAAAAGGGCUAUCACCUAUGGAAUUGCGACCUGAGGAUGGACGAUAAUCCAGUCGAGGCGGGGCUUGGUUUCCUCUGCAGGCGACAUGGCGAGUACAAUGGCAAAAAAACUGUGGAGAAGCUGAAGAACAGUGGAGUCAUGAAGAAAAUGGUGCAUUUGCAUAUCAGGAGUCCUGUGAGGGUGUUGGGUUUAGAGGCGGUAUACAGAGACGAUGAGAUCGUCGGAUAUCUCAGGCGAGGGGAUUUCUCUUAUGUUUACAAUAAUAGUAUUGGCCAUGCAUACAUUUCCAACCCAACUGGUGAUAAAGUAACGAAACAAUUCUUGGAAUCUGGAAAAUACUCAGUGGAAGUGCUGGGUACCCGAUACCCAGCAGAGGUCUUCCUCCACAGUCCCUUCGAUCCGGAAAAUAAAAGACUGCUUGGCAACUACAGCUGAUUCCUUAGAUAUAACUCCGUGUGACAUAGAUACUGUAUAUUUUUUUUUUUACCUUUGUAUUCCAAAAUAUAAAUAUACAAAUGCUCUAAACUAU